ACUCUUUGCGGUGCGAGGGCAGUCGUACGUUCGGACAUCAUCCGAUGAUGAUACGAUCUUCGUUCGUGUCUACUACGUCUUCUUCGCAGCGUACUUCAUCCUCGCUGUCGUCAUCGGCCUGAACCUCUUCAUCGCCCUUCUUACCACACAGCUGACCAAGGUUCAGAAGAACAGUGAUAUGGAAUGGAAAUUUGGCAGAGCUCAGCUGUGGCUUCGUGUCAUCGAAGCAAAGACCGAUCUCCCACCUCCAUUCAACCUUAUCCCCAAAUCCGGGACGGUACUGCGCAUGAUCAAGAGGUGCGUUGGAAAGACGCCGCGGAGCUCGGAAGAAGAUGAAGCCAGAUCUGAAGACGGCGACAGGGCGGGAAAGGUAACUGUUAUCCAUGUUCCGUUUUACAAUUGUAACAGCAGUAGCACUAACAACAACUACAACAACAACUACAACAACAACAAGUACUACUACUCAGCGGCGUACCUUUGGUCAGGGCAUAAAGGGGCACCGGACAUUAUUCGCAAAUUAUUAGAGCGUUAUCAGGAUCAGAGACGCGCAUCAACGCCAUCUUCUGGCCUUACCGUGGAAGAUUUACGGAUUCUAAAAGAAGACUUCCGGUCUCUUCGGAACCACAUCUCCAAAACCCUUCGCUGGGUCGAAAUGAGCAUCGCAUCGCUGGAAGACAUCGUACAGGGGCUCAACCUCCGAAUUGACGAGCUCGAAGACACGGACACCCAACUGGACAGCAUCGACCGCAAUCGGGUCCAGAUCGAAGAUGACGACAUCGAUCAGCUGAUCGAGGAUGUCACAAUUUUUGAGAAGUGCGUGCGUCGCGCCAUGGCCCGUCUCCAGAGUACGAGCCUGAUAACCCAGAUGGCAGAGAUGUACACACAAGGGCGAACGGUUGUCAAUGAUGAGGAAAUGAGAGGCAAGUUGGAGUCAUACCGGAAGGACUUUGGAAGCUACGAAAAGAACCUCUACGCAUGAGCUGAUGAAACAUGUUUCUUCGUGUUUGACGGCCAAACACUGGCGUUCUGUUCCUAAACGAGUAAUCACGAUGAAAGUCAACAAAAAAUCAAAACAGCUUAUUUUGCACCACGUGCAUAAAAUCUAUCACAAUAGAUCGAAUCAUUAUAUUGGAUCAAACUUUAAUCUAGUUACCGAAUUACAUAACUAUAAUACAAGAAACAGCCAUUUCAACUUUUGCUUACCAGAAAGGGUAGGUAGUUUUGGUAACUCCUUUUAUUACAAUGCUAUAAGACAUUGGAAUUCCCUUCCCAAUGAUAUAAAGGAAAUAGGAAACUUUUUGCAUUUUAAGAGGAAGUUGAAAGAAUAUCUUUCUCUUGAGAGUCAAAGAGAAGAUGCAAAUGAUAUGUUAUACGGUUGAUUUAUACUGACCACGUUCUUUUCUCUUCUCUAUCAGGUAUUAAUAUUUAUAUUACAUAGUUUGAUUGAAGCUUCGUCAUGUCCUUUCUUCUA